AUGAAUAUGGAUUCUCCUCAGAACUGGCUUGCCUUCUCCCUUUUUCAACCCACCACUCACAGUGGUGGAAUCGUAGUCAGUGGUGAUCAAGGAAAUGGAAGUGAUGCAACCACAAUACCAGACUUGUCAAUAAUCAAUGGAGGUGACCCGAAGCUCGAGGAUUUCUUGGGUGGUUCGGGUAGCGGCGGAGCAGCCCAGUUCAGCGGUGGAGAUCAGGGCCUUAUGGAUGAUGCAGAGAUAUAUGACUCAGAGCUCAGAACUAUAGCGGCUGGCAUCCAACGUGGGUUUUCCGGCGAACAAACCUGCAAUCAGAAGCAGCUGAUGGUGGUGGCUCCACCGGAGCCUCUGAUCAAGAAGGCCGUGGAGAACUUUGGCCAACGUACCUCCAUAUAUAGAGGAGUCACUAGGCAUAGAUGGACUGGAAGAUAUGAAGCUCAUUUAUGGGAUAAUAGUUGCAGAAGAGAAGGGAAAAGUCGGAAAGGAAGACAAGGAGGAUAUGAUAAAGAAGAGAAAGCAGCCAGAGCGUAUGAUCUUGCAGCCAUCAAGUAUUGGGGUCUCACCACCACUACUAACUUUCCAGUGUCCGAUUACGAGAAGGAAAUGGAAGAAAUGAAGAACAUGACGAGGCAAGAAUUUAUUGCUUCUCUUAGAAGGAAAAGUAGUGGGUUUUCGAGAGGAGCCUCCAUUUAUCGAGGCGUCACAAGGCAUCAUCAGCAAGGGAGGUGGCAAGCAAGAAUCGGAAGGGUCGCAGGCAACAAAGACUUGUACCUUGGAACUUUUGGCACUCAAGAAGAAGCAGCUGAGGCUUAUGACAUUGCGGCAAUCAAAUUCCGAGGCCUAAAUGCAGUGACAAACUUUGUCAUGAGCCGUUAUGACGUAAGGAGCAUCGCGAGCGGCAAUCUCCCCAUCGGAUCCUCGAACAACAAACCCAAAACAUCAUCCGAAUCCUUGUCCGAGAGUAAAAGUUUUGACGGAACUCAUUCAGACAUUUCAUCGAGCACUUGUGUCUCUUUAACAUCCCAUCCUCCAACAGCAUCCACCCUGAGAUUUGGAUUGCUCCUAAAGCAAGAUUCUUCAAAUUCCUGGUCUAAUCCUGUUAAUCCCAGUACUGUUUAUCAGCCCUCCAACAUGAAUCUCCCGACAAAUUUGUCUGUGAAUGAAGUCAACAAGAACAAGAAUGAUGAAGGAUUCUUCAAUGGCAAUUAUUACUAUCAGCAGCAAGAAGGCAUUGCUUUAAAUAGCAAUAAUAGUACUGCAACAUAUGAUGGCUCAGUAUCUACUUUAGGCAAUUGGAUUUCAACACCUCUGCAUUCAAUCCAGACUGCAAAAUCAAAUCUAUCAGCUUUUCAGACUCCAAUGUUCGGAAUGGAAUGA